UUUCAAUUUCCAGUUCGUGGUUUCAUCGUUUAAGAACUAACUCUUUCUACCUUCCAAUUUUUCGGUUGAUGCUAGUUCGUGGUUUCAUCGUUUAACGAAGAACCGUCGCCGUCCAUUAUUCAACCACAAAUCACCACCGAUAUUGAUUUUGUGAAGGUGUUGUCGGUAAAUAUUGUUCCUACUCAGCUCGCCGACAACUUCCGGAAUAAGAAGCCUGAGGUUUUACUCUUGGCCGUUAUAAACUUCAUGUUAUCUAUAGCUACUAAUAACUAGCUGUUCAAAUAAAAAGUGAUUUUUAAAAAGUGAUUUUUAAAGCUAUAACUACUGCUAUGAAGAAUCAUUAGUUACUGCUAUGAAGAAAUAAUCAUUUUCUUACACAAGUUUGAAAUCACUUUUUUCAAGCAUUAACAAAUAGGCUCUUUAUCAUGCUAGUCUUGCAUCUGACAGAAAUAAGUUUAAGUUGUUAUAGAGGAAUAUUUGUUUUUAGAAUUAGUUAUUUGUGAUUGGGGCAAGUAUUUUUGAACUACUGUUUUUGCAGCCUCAUUGUUUCUGUUUUAUUUUCUAUUUAUUUUGUACUUUCUUGAUAUUUCAAUAUGAUUAUAAAACUAUUUCAUUGUUCAGUUGUUUGGGUUGUGUGGCAUUAUUAGUUUUGAGUAAGCUAAGCUAUACUUGAUGGUUUGAGUUUUGUGGUAUGGUUCACAUUAGUUCUGGUUUUGUUUUGAAUAGCUUUUAUACUGAUUAUUAUGGCUUGUUUGAAUAUUAUGAGAAUGGUUGGACAUAUCAAGAUAUUACGAUGCUUAGGUGUUGGAUCAUAAGUCACACUUCAUUUUAAUAGUUGUUGCUUUUAAUCCUAGGAUUUAAACCUUUUAAUUAUAAAUUUGAAUUGAGGAAUUCAAUUUUUAUAUCUUCUCCGUUAGAGAAUUCUUACUUCCCCCAAUGUUGAAAACUUUGUUAGUUCAUGUAAAGUUUAUUAUUCUCUUUUCUCAUUUCAUCUAUUUGUAUAGAUAUAUAAAUAUAGAUGAUAUACUUAAAUUUUUACCUUAGCUGCAUAUUGAAAUGUUUUUUUUGUCAAUGUCUGAACCUCAUCAGUCUUUUUGAUUACGUUAUCUAGUAAUUUAUAUGCUGUUUCUGUCAUCAUAUUUGGUUUAUAGGGUGAAAGUAUGUGCAAAUCAGGCCUAACAUAUGUUUAUAUGUACAUCUUUUAAUUUGAAAUUUGCUUUACACAAUAGAUCUGUCCAACUGUAGUUUGUUUUGGAAGUCGUGUUAUUUAAUUUGAAAUUUGCUUUAACACAGAAAAGAUGUAGACUAACAACCAAGUUUGUUUACAAAGUCUUGAAUAUUCGAUAAAAAUCAAAAAAGAAAUGAAAAUUUUAAUAAUUAUGAGGCAUGGUCAAGAGUGAUUUCAAUCUUGGUUGUUUCUAAUGGAUAUCUGGUAACACAAUGUGCUGUUAUUGUAACGAGGAACAAUAUUCUAAAGGUAAUUGGAUGAGUCCUGCCGCCAAUGGAGCGCGGCAAAAGUAGCUUGCAAGGAGUUGGAGUUCCUAGCUUGCAAGGAGUUGGAGUUCCUAGCGGAGUUGUAGAUCAAGGAGUGAGUCAAGGUAAUGCCAUCACCUGUCAUUUUUAUACUGAGUGUUUGUUUAAUAAGUGAUACAUGUUAUGCUGUCAUUUUUAAAUGUAUGAAUUAUAGGAGCAGCUGCUGGUACUGCACUCCCUCCACUUCGAAAAAGGAAACUUAAUGCUAGUGGUAGUAGAAAAACUUCUACGGUUUGGGAAGAGUUUAACAUUUUACCGGAUGAGCCUGAACCUAUAGCCGCGUGUAAACACUGUCAUAAAAGGUACCGAUGUGACCCUAAAACACAUGGUACUUCUAACAUGCUAGCUCACUCGAAAGUGUGUUACAAAAACCCUGCCCUUUUGUUGAAAGACCCCAAUCAGACAAACCUUGUAAGCGGCGAGGGUGGGUUUUUAGUUCCAACUAGUCAAAGGUUUAAUGCUGCAGCCUGUAGGAAGGCCAUUAAUACCUUUGUUAUCCUUGAUGAACAUUCCUUUAGAGUGGUUGAGGGUGUUGGUUUUAAGCAAAUGUGUAAACAAUUGCAACCCCAAAUGGCUAUCCCUACUAGGAGGACCGUUGCUAGGGAUUGUUUUCAGCUUUACCUAGCUGAAAAGUCACGUCUUAAAGCCUUUUUUAAAUCUGAUUGUACUAGGGUUGCACUAACCACAGACUGUUGGACUUCGAUACAAAACCUUAGUUAUAUGGCCACCACUGCACACUUCAUUGACACUGCUUGGAAGUACCAAAAAAAAUUAUUAGUUUCUCUUUAGUUCCAAAUCACAAAGGUGAUACCAUUGGCAUGAAAGUCGAGGACGUUUUGAGGGAAUGGGGGCUUAGGAAAGUGUCUACAAUUACCCUGGAUAACGCAACAACAAAUGAUGUGCCUGUGAGUUAUUUGGAUAGAAGACUUAAGAGCAAGAAUGCUUUACUGGGUGUAGGUGAUUAUUUGCAUAUGAGGUGUGCUGCCCAUGUCUUGAACUUGGUAGUGAGAGAUGGUGAAAAAGAACAUGAAGGGUCUAUUGAAUCAGUUCGCACUGCUGUUAGGUUUGUAAGGUCUUCUCCACAAAGAGCUAUGAAGUUUAAGGAGUGUGUUGAACUUGCGGGCAUAACUUGUAAAAAAAAACUUUGUCUUGAUGUUUCUACAAGGUGGAAUUCCACUUACCUAAUGUUGGAUGCUGCUGAAAAGUUUGAAGCUGCAUUUGACAAUAUGAUUGAUGAGGAUCCUGGAUACAUCGAAUAUUUUGACCUCCUUACCGGUCCACCCGGUUCUCAGGAUUGGAAAAAAGUUAGGGCUUUUGUGGUUUUCUUACAAACCUUCUAUGAGGCAACCAAAGUGUUUUCAACUUCGCAAGAAGUGUCCUUGCAUUUAGCUUUUCAUAACUUGUCUUCAAUUUUGUGUGAGCUUCAAGAAGCUUCAUUUAACUUGAAUUCUUAUGUGGCUCCAAUGAUUUCACAUAUGAAGGUUAAAUAUGAUAAGUAUUGGGGGGAUGUGGGAAAAGUGAAUCAUUUUCUUUACUAUGGAGUGAUCUUUGAUCCUAGGUUUAAGUUUAACUAUAUUGAAUGAUCUUUUAAUGAUAUGUAUGGGCAUUCUAGUGACCUUGCCAAGAAAAAUAUUGAAUGUGUCAAAACUAGUUUGUUUAAACUAUAUAAUUGGCAUAAAUCUGAUCAUGAUGAGAAUGUUGGGGCUAGUCCUUUAAGUGCACCAGGGAGCACUUCCCUUGGAGAAGCAUCUUCCCAACCAAAAGAACCAUCACCUUUUACAAGGGCUAAUGCUUUUAAGAAACAUCUGAAGGAAAAAGACACAAUUGAAAAUGAAAAUGAACUAGAGAAGUACUUAGGUGACCCUUGUUGCGGGGAGGGGGAAAAUUUUAGUAUUCUUAAUUGGUGGAAGGAAAAUUGCACCCGUUAUCCUAUAUUAGCAACCUUGGUUCGGGAUGUGUUGGCAACACCUGUUUCUAGUGUAGCCUCAGAAAGUGCUUUUAGC